CAGGCUCAGUCGCCCGCGACUUCGGCACGCGAUACUAUUGGAUUCUUUUCUUUGAAUGGAAACCGGUACCGGUACCACGCGUUUUUCCACUCAAAAAAAAAAAAAGAAAAUAGAAAAACCCCGAGCAUUUUUUCUAAUUUAGAAAAAAAAAAUAUAAACACUUAAAAAAAAAUGAGUGUGAAAAUUUAGUUUAUUUAAAAUAAAUAAGCGAUAAUUUUUUAUUUAUAAAAAAAAUUUAAAUAUUUUUUUUUUUGGAAACCAGACAUAGGAAUUUUGAUAAUUGGAUUCAUAAAAAAAAAAAAUUAUUGUCAGUUUUUGAAUGAAUAUUGUUCAUAUUGAAUGAACACACGUGGAUUGAGAAACACGUGUGCGAUCGUUCACGCGAUAACAUAUAUAUAAUCUAUUGUUAUUUAAAUUUAAUUUUUGAAUGGAUGGUCCAAUUUUCGAUAAGAUUUUUGUUUUUUUGUUAGUGAUAAAAAAAAAAAAAAAAAAUUGUUUCUGUGAGUGUUUGAGCAUUAAAUGCUCCGAUCAUUAAUAAUAAAUGAAGGAAGCGAGUAUCACGCUUGGAGAGAUAAAUCUUGAUUUGUUCGCUAUAUUAUGUUCUCUUGAAUGGUGAUUACAAGACAGUGCAUUGCACAGAACAAAAGGAAAGAAAAGGACCGGGAUGAUGUAAGUGUGCGGAUUAGAGGUCGUCACGACUUGAACUGAAGAUGUCGAGAGAUCGGAUGGUGUUGACAGGUGAAUUUUUCUGCGUUUGCCUUGUGCUCGUGGGAGUUUUAUUGGUGGAUGGUAGACAUCAUCAGGAUGAUAAUCAAGUGGUCCAUCGUCAUAGACACAGACAUGAAUCAUGGCAUCACAAUUAUCCCAGAUUAUGGAGAGAUGAUAAUAAUGAUGAUGAUAGUAACAAUAAUGAAGAUUACGAUGGUGAUGAUGAAUCAGAUAAUGAUUAUGAUUCACAAUUAUAUUCUAGAAAUUAUUUAAAGGACCAUCGUGAUAGAUAUGAUUCACGUUAUUUGAGACCAUAUUAUCAUCAUCAACAUCAACAUCAUCAUCAUUAUCGUGGUAAUUUAAUGAAAUUCAAUGAUAGACGACGAAAAUCACAUUAUGGAAUUAGAGAAAGAAAUCAUCGAAUUCGACCAAGUAGAGAUAGGACUUAUCGUAAAAUUCCUUGGGACUAUGAUAAUAAUAAUGACAAUGAUGAUGGUGAUGAUGAAUCAGAUUAUUAUGAGGAUUAUGAUAAAUUAAAUCGUUAUAAUGAUGAGAAUUUAAAUGAUAGCGAUGAUUUUUAUCCAAUUAGAAAAAAUUUCCGUAAACAUCGAAUGGAUGAUUAUGAAAAUGAUGAUUCCAAAGAGCGUGUUUCAUCGAGAUGGGAUUGGAAGUUCAAAAACUUGAUUCGCAAGGACGACAGGAGAGAUCGUAGACGAAAAUUCGGUUACAGAGGUAUAGCGCGAAACAGGUUUCAUGAUCUCGAUGAUGACGUCGAUGAGGUCUUUAGAAGUGGUAAAAAAAAGAAUCAUAAAUUAAACGGUACACGGCAUGAUUAUGAUGAAAUUUUGGAUGAUCUAUUUGAUGAUGAUGAAGAAGAUGAGGAUGAUAAUGACAAUGAUGAUAAAGAAAAUGAUGCUGAUUACAAAGAAGAUGAAUAUUCUAAAGAUGGAAAAUUUUUCAAAAAUGAAGGAAGAUAUUAUAAAAAUGAUAGAAAAUAUUUUAAAGACGAUGAAAAAUAUCAAAAUGAUAGAAAAUAUUUUCAAGGGAAUGGUAAAAUUUCCAAAACUAGUGGCAAUUAUUUCAAUAUAAAUGACGAUGAAACUAAAGAAAUAAAUACAAAAAAUGAUGAGGAAUUAAAUAAUGAUUUUUAUGAAAAUGAUGUGAAACCAUCAUUAAAAAAAUAUGACGACAUAAUUAGACGAUUGACAUUUGAUGAUCCAACGACGACAACAACAACAACAACAACAACAGAAAAAAAUGAAAUUCGACGAGAUUAUAGAAAUAUUGAAAUUGGAAAAUAUCUUAAACGUGAUGCAUAUGGUAAUUUGAAAUAUGAGGCAAAAAAUGAUUUGGAUUUUGUGACAAUGAACAUUAUGAAUACAACAACAGUGAAAUCAUUGGAUAUUGAGAAAAAAAAUAAUAUUACCGAUAGUUUAAAAAAUGAUGAAAUUAAAGGAAAACAUCAUUCAAAAAUUGUUAAUGUGACAUUAAAUAAAAGUUCCGAGGACUAUGAUUAUGGUGAUAAUGAACAGGAUGAUGAUCCCAGUAUGCAGACUGAUGGCAAUAAUGCGGAUUAUGCGGAGGAUGAAGAUGAUGAUGAAAAUACAACAAGUACGAGUUCAACAAGUACAACGUUACCAACAACAACGACAACAACUACAACUACUACUACUACAACAACAACAACUCAAAAACCAACGGAAAAGCGAGUUUUCCAAAAGAGCGUGAGAAAUUAUGAAAGAUCAACUGGAGCACAAUACAAUGGCUAUCAGGCGAAAAAUGAUUAUCCACCAAUGUCUGCUCACAGUGUUCAAAAAUGGCAAUCACUUGGUUCCCGCGAGAGUAUCAAAGAAACUAGAGAUAAAUAUCUCGAAUUCAAACAUAAUGGAAAAUCCGCCGAUGUCAAUGAAGCGCUUCAACAUGCCAUUAAGGUCUCGCGAGAGGGUAGCUGCCAAUUGCCUCGUGCCAGAAUUGUACCAGUUCGUGAUGUCUACCCCAGUACAUCGACCACGUACAUUCCACACUGUGCCAUUCUACACAGGUGCUCUGACGACACCGGAUGUUGUAGGUCGGAAGCACUAACUUGUGUACCAAAAGAGUCUCAUCGAGUCGAACUCUAUUUUUAUACAACGAAUAUCGAGGGAAGUAGUGUUGUGGAAAAAUUAACAUUUUACAAUCACACCGAAUGUGAAUGUCGAGAGAGAACCGAAUUGGGUGGAAAAAGUGAAAAAACAUCGGAAACAAGAUUUGCAAGACAUCAUCCUCCAUUAACACCGCAAAAUCUUCGUAAAUCACCUCCAAAAAAACCAUGUCAAUGUCCUUCGGAAUUUUUAUCGGAAAUUAAUUCCAAAGGCGAAUGUCAAUGCAAAUGCUCUGACAGCGAUCAAAAUUGCAUUCGUACAAAACGUGGCAAAGUUUAUUUCUCAAUUAGAGAUCGUUUAUGCAUUCACAAUGGACAUUGCAGUCCGCCAAUAUGUGAAUUUGGAGAAUAUAUGAGUCGUCAAGGUAAAUGUCCAAGAAAACAAGAACAAUUUAGUUUCUAUUCAAAAUAUCAAACAAAUACACAUCAUGGAUUUAGAAGCUAGAAAAAAAAGAAAUCAUAAAACACACGCAUUGUUUCCUUUAUUAUAAUGUAUCGGAAAAAUUAAUAUAUGGAAACAAUAUUAGUGUUCAGAUCUACGUGCCAAGUAAUAGCGUAUAAAAGGUGCCAUUUUUUUUUCUAUGUGCCUUUUUUUUGUCGCCAGAGACUUUUAUUAUAUAAUGUAUAUUUAAAUCAUAAUAUAAUCGAAAACUCACGAGAUAUUUUUGUACUAUUUGUGAAAAAAAAAAAAAAAAUUAUAAUAAUAAACUUUAUUCUAAUUCGCCCCAUCUUAUACAAUUAUUGGCCUGGAUGCCAUUUUGUAAGAAAAAAAAUUCAAUUAUAUAUAAAUAUCUAUUAAAUAAUGUUAAAAGAAAUUUAAAAAAAUAAAAUUAUGUACACGAAUCUAAAUUGGAAAAAAAAAUUCUUAUGCACAAUGUAAAUGUUGUUAUUUAAUCAAACUAAAAAAUUUAUCAAAUUUGUGUCCACGUAUUUUAUAUAGUGAUGCUUGUAUUUUUGUUUUAUUAUAAGAAAAACUCUUCCUAUUGAUUUAUUUUAUUGAAGAAUUUCUUUUCUUUUUAAAUAUUCUUCUUUGGUGCUAUUUUUAUAAUAUUAUCAUCAUUAAUUAUAAUAAAUAAAUUUUUAAAUUAAAUUCCACGAUUUUAUAAUAGAAAAUUGUAUAUAUAAUACAUUUUUUGUUUUUAAUUUUUAUCGUAAAAUAUUAAAGCAAUCUCAUUGAUCGCACACUAUUUGGACCAAUUUUUCUAGAUCCUAUAAUAUAAUUAUUGUAAUUUUUUUAGACACCUGUUGGCAUUUUUGUAAAAAAAGAAAAAAAAACCCCCGAAGGUAUUUUCAAUGGUACUUUCUUGUUGUAUUACAAAAAAAUUAAAUUAUAAAAAAAUAAUAAUAUAAAGCAGUAAAUAAUCAUUUUUUUUGAGAAUUCGAUUACAAUAAAGUUUACUGCCUUUAUUAAUGGUAUUAUUUGAUUAAGAUAUAAAAUGAAGAGAAAUCUUUUGUAUAGUAAUAAGAAACUAUAAGCUAUAUAUAUAUAUAUAUUUAUAAUAAC